AUGAUGUUCAGUUGCCAUCAAGCAUUUCAUGAUGUUCAAGUUAUAGAAUUGUAUGUGGAGCUUAGUGUUGUGACUUCCACUGGUGGUUUUUCUCAACACCAAAUUAAUAGAAAUGACAACAUUCCACCAGAAAGGCUUUCAAUAGAAUGGAGGGCAUGGGAUAAUCUACAACACAAUUUCAAUUUCAAUUUCACUGCUUCACAACAACCACCAAGCACAUCAACACACCAUAGAACCGAUAACAUUACUAGUCAUGAAAAUGAAUUUGGUGAAUAUGCGAGUUCAAGCGGAGAUGAUCAAGAUGAGGAUAACUACACAGACAAUAGCGAAGCAAGCUUAGAAGAUUACAAUGCGGAAGAUGCUAACAGACAGAGAGACGACGUAGAAAUGACAAUGCCGCCAUAUGAGCCUCCGGCACAUAUGAGGGCACUUGAUUUAGAAGUAAUGUCUGUACUAGAAUUUCUUGAAUACCCUUCACUGUACAUCAACACAUUAAGAGGGGCAAUGGCAGAUGGAGAAUUGCAUGUAGGUAUGCAGUUUCAAAACAAAAAUGAUGUUGUAACAACAAUUAAGAAUUAUUGCUUGCAGAAGUCCGUGGAAUAUAAAGUAAUUGAGUCGGAUCCAACUCGGUAUUAUGGAAGAUGCAAGUCAUAUGGUGAUGGAUGCAGUCAGAGAGUUCGCGUAUCUUAUAGUAAGAGGAAGCAAAUUUGGGAGAUUACAAAAUACAGCGGCCCACACACUUGUACAGCAGUGAUGGUUUCCCAAGAUCAUUCAAAGCUAGAUUCAAACAUGAUUUCCCAUUGUAUACAGGCACUAGUCAAGGAGAAGCCAUCUAUCAACGUCUCUGUUUUGAUAGCGGAGAUCAGGAACCGAUAUGGGUACACACCAACAUAUAAAAAGGUAUGGAUUGCAAAACAAAAAGCGAUUGAAUCUGCAUUUGGUAACUGGGAGGAGUCAUACAAUGAGUUACCGAAAUGGCUAGCAGCAUUACAACAAUUUGUCCCUGGGACAAUAAUCGAUCUCCAGACUCAACCAGCAUAUAAUGGAAAUUACCCGGUACGUGAUACUAAUAUUUUCCAUAGGCUCUUUUGGAGUUUCCCUUCAUGUGUAGAGGCUUUCAAAUAUUGUAAGCCGGUAGUACAGAUAGAUGGUACACAUCUUUAUGGAAAAUAUAAAGGGACUUUGUUGAUGGCAAUUGCACAAGAUGGCAAUAAAAACAUUCUUCCAAUUGCAUUUGCCAUUGUGGAAGGAGAGACGUUAGAUGCAUGGCGUUUCUUCUUAGAGCAUCUACGAGCAGACGUGACACCACAAGAAGGCAUAUGUUUUAUUUCUGACCGUCACCAAUCUAUCAAAGGAGCAUUUAGAGCAAUUGGCCGUCAGAUGAAUCCUCCUCACGCCUAUCAUGUUUAUUGUAUUAGACAUAUAUCUGCGAACUUCAUGCGUCGUUUCAAAAAUAAAGAAAUGCAACGAAUAGUUGUUAACAUUGGGUACUCAAAAACAUCUCAUGAUUUUAACUAUUGGUAUGACGUACUUCGAGACUUUGACAUAGAGGCAACGAGGUGGUUAGAUAACAUACCACGGGAGAAUAUCAACACGCUCAAAUUGCAUCAGGUCAAAUAUUCUCGGAAGUGCUAA